CGCACGCACACACACAACACCCUGGGAGCAGAAACAUCUUCCCCAGCUUCGUGGGUUUCUCCUCCCACCCGAGCCAGUGUGUGAGAGGAAAUCUCGGGGCUUUGCUCUUAUCGAAAGUGCUCGUCAGGGUGAUUUUUGAUGACCACAGUCCAGAAGUGCUGGCGUCCGAAUGCAUUUUCUUUGGCUUCGCCACGAAGAGUCGUGAACUUCAAAACCCCGACACGGAUUAUCAAUCCUGCUUUGCAGGAAAGGAAAACCCUCCAUCCCCGGCCACCCGCCACCGGUCUCCGGAGAUUCUGCAAUCGCCCAGGCGCUCGGAGUCGGAAGGGGACGCUUUGGGAAUGACCAUGCUCCACGGAGGGACAGAGCCGGCCCCCAGCUUCUCUACACAGAGCCUCCUCCUCUAAAGCUCCAAAAAGCAAAAACCAUAAUUGCCAGAAGAAUCAUUUAAAAAAUAGCCCAGCCACUAACCUCACAUGCAAAUGGAAUAAUUACUCUGGAUUCUGCAUUGUGAGCUGCUCUCCAUAUCCUGAAUUACCUUUGAAUUCAGUCUUUUUUUUUUCCUUUGAAUUUGCAUCUCUUCAAGACACAAGAUUAAAACAAAAUUCACGCUAAAUUGGAUUUUCAGUUACCUUCCUUUCAUUUAUCCUUCGUCUUUCUUAUGUGGAUAUGCCAGCGAGAAGAGGAAACUGGACAUUCCCAACAUGCUCACUCCCUUAAUCUGUCCGUCUAGAGGUUUGGCUUCUACAAACCAAGGGAGUCAACGAGUUGAAGAUGAAGCUCAGAGCAGAGUGCUGUUCUCCCAAGUUCUGGUUGGUGUUGGCUGUCCUGGCCGUGUCAGGCAGCAGGGCUCGUUCUCAGAAGAGCCCCCCCAGCAUUGGCAUCGCUGUCAUCCUCGUGGGCACUUCCGACGAGGUGGCCAUCAAGGAUGCCCACGAGAAAGAUGACUUCCACCAUCUCUCCGUGGUCCCCCGUGUGGAGCUGGUAGCCAUGAAUGAGACAGACCCAAAGAGCAUCAUCACCCGCAUCUGUGAUCUCAUGUCUGACCGGAAGAUCCAGGGCGUGGUGUUUGCGGACGACACAGAUCAGGAGGCCAUCGCCCAGAUCCUUGACUUCAUUUCAGCUCAGACUCUCACCCCCAUCCUGGGCAUCCACGGAGGCUCCUCUAUGAUAAUGGCAGAUAAGGAUGAAUCCUCCAUGUUUUUCCAGUUUGGCCCAUCAAUUGAACAGCAAGCUUCUGUAAUGCUCAACAUCAUGGAAGAAUAUGACUGGUACAUCUUUUCUAUCGUCACCACCUACUUCCCCGGCUACCAGGACUUUGUAAACAAGAUUCGCAGCACCAUCGAGAACAGCUUCGUGGGCUGGGAGUUAGAGGAGGUCCUCCUGCUGGACAUGUCCCUGGAUGAUGGAGAUUCCAAGAUCCAGAACCAGCUCAAGAAACUUCAAAGCCCCAUCAUUCUUCUUUAUUGCACUAAGGAAGAAGCCACCUACAUCUUUGAAGUUGCUAACUCCGUAGGGCUGACUGGCUAUGGCUACACAUGGAUUGUGCCUAGUCUGGUGGCAGGGGACACGGACACAGUGCCCUCGGAGUUCCCCACCGGGCUCAUCUCUGUGUCCUAUGAUGAAUGGGACUAUGGCCUCCCUGCCAGAGUGAGGGAUGGAAUUGCCAUAAUCACCACCGCUGCUUCCGACAUGCUGUCUGAACACAGCUUCAUCCCCGAGCCCAAGAGCAGUUGUUACAACACCCAUGAGAAGAGAAUCUACCAGUCCAACAUGCUGAAUAGGUAUCUGAUCAAUGUCACCUUUGAGGGAAGAAAUCUGUCCUUCAGUGAAGACGGCUACCAGAUGCACCCGAAACUGGUGAUAAUCCUUCUGAACAAGGAGAGGAAGUGGGAGAGGGUGGGCAAGUGGAAAGACAAGUCCCUGCAGAUGAAGUACUACGUGUGGCCCCGAAUGUGUCCUGAGACAGAAGAACAGGAGGAUGACCAUCUGAGCAUUGUAACCCUAGAGGAAGCCCCCUUUGUCAUUGUGGAGAGCGUGGACCCUCUGAGUGGAACCUGCAUGAGGAACACAGUCCCCUGCCAAAAACGCAUAGUCUCUGAGAAUAAAACAGAUGAGGAGCCAGGUUACAUCAAGAAGUGUUGCAAGGGAUUCUGUAUUGACAUCCUUAAGAAAAUUUCUAAAUCUGUGAAGUUCACCUAUGAUCUCUACCUGGUUACCAAUGGCAAGCACGGGAAGAAGAUCAAUGGAACCUGGAACGGUAUGAUUGGAGAGGUGGUCAUGAAGAGGGCCUACAUGGCGGUGGGAUCGCUCACCAUCAAUGAGGAGCGAUCCGAGGUGGUCGACUUCUCUGUGCCCUUCAUAGAGACCGGCAUCAGUGUCAUGGUGUCACGCAGCAAUGGGACUGUCUCACCUUCUGCCUUCUUAGAGCCAUUCAGUGCUGACGUAUGGGUGAUGAUGUUCGUCAUGCUGCUCAUCGUCUCAGCCGUGGCUGUCUUUGUCUUCGAGUACUUCAGCCCUGUGGGUUAUAACAGGUGCCUCGCUGAUGGCAGAGAGCCAGGUGGCCCAUCUUUUACCAUCGGCAAAGCUAUUUGGUUACUCUGGGGUCUGGUGUUUAACAACUCCGUACCCGUGCAGAACCCAAAGGGGACCACCUCCAAGAUCAUGGUGUCGGUGUGGGCCUUCUUUGCUGUCAUCUUCCUGGCCAGCUACACUGCCAACUUAGCUGCCUUCAUGAUCCAGGAGGAGUAUGUGGACCAGGUUUCUGGCCUGAGUGACAAAAAGUUCCAGAGACCUAAUGACUUCUCACCCCCUUUUCGCUUUGGGACUGUGCCCAAUGGCAGCACAGAGAGGAAUAUUCGCAAUAACUACGCAGAAAUGCAUGCCUACAUGGGAAAGUUCAACCAGAGGGGUGUAGAUGAUGCAUUGCUCUCCCUGAAAACAGGGAAACUGGAUGCCUUCAUCUACGAUGCAGCAGUGCUGAACUACAUGGCCGGCAGAGAUGAAGGCUGCAAGCUGGUGACCAUUGGCAGUGGAAAGGUCUUUGCCUCCACUGGUUACGGCAUUGCCAUCCAAAAAGAUUCUGGCUGGAAGCGCCAGGUGGACCUUGCUAUUCUGCAGCUGUUCGGAGAUGGGGAGAUGGAGGAGCUGGAAGCUCUCUGGCUCACUGGCAUUUGCCACAACGAAAAGAAUGAGGUCAUGAGCAGCCAGCUGGACAUUGACAACAUGGCAGGCGUCUUCUACAUGUUGGGGGCAGCCAUGGCUCUCAGUCUCAUCACCUUCAUCUGCGAACACCUAUUCUAUUGGCAGUUCCGGCACUGCUUUAUGGGUGUCUGUUCUGGCAAGCCUGGCAUGGUCUUCUCCAUUAGCAGAGGUAUCUACAGCUGCAUCCAUGGAGUGGCGAUUGAGGAGCGCCAGUCCGUGAUGAACUCCCCCACCGCGACCAUGAACAACACACAUUCCAACAUCCUGCGCCUGCUCCGCACAGCCAAGAACAUGGCCAACCUGUCCGGCGUGAACGGCUCCCCCCAGAGCGCCCUGGACUUCAUCCGACGCGAGUCAUCCGUCUACGACAUCUCCGAGCACCGCCGCAGCUUCACGCACUCCGACUGCAAGUCCUACAACAACCCGCCGUGCGAGGAGAACCUCUUUAGCGACUACAUUAGCGAGGUGGAGAGAACUUUCGGUAACCUGCAGCUGAAGGACAGCAAUGUGUACCAAGAUCACUAUCACCACCACCACCGGCCCCACAGCAUCGGCAGCGCCAGCUCCAUCGACGGGCUCUACGACUGUGACAACCCGCCCUUCACCACGCAGCCGCGGUCCAUCAGCAAGAAGCCCCUGGACAUUGGCCUCCCCUCCUCCAAACACAGCCAGCUGAGCGACCUGUACGGCAAAUUCUCGUUCAAGAGCGACCGCUACAGCGGCCACGAUGACCUGAUCCGCUCAGACGUGUCUGACAUCUCCACCCACACGGUCACCUACGGAAACAUCGAGGGCAACGCCGCCAAGAGGCGUAAGCAGCAAUACAAGGACAGCCUGAAGAAGCGGCCGGCCUCAGCCAAGUCCCGCCGGGAGUUCGACGAGAUCGAGCUGGCCUACCGCCGCCGGCCCCCCCGCUCCCCUGACCACAAGCGCUACUUCAGGGACAAGGAAGGGCUCCGGGACUUCUACCUGGACCAGUUCCGCACCAAGGAGAACUCCCCGCACUGGGAGCACGUGGACCUGACGGAUAUCUACAAGGAGCAGAGCGACGACUUCAAGCGUGACUCGGUCAGCGGAGGCGGGCCCUGCACCAACAGGUCUCACCUCAAGCACGGGGCGGGCGACAAACACGGCGUGGUCGGCGGGGUCCCGGCUCCCUGGGAGAAGAACCUGACCAACGUGGACUGGGAGGACCGCUCCGGGGGCAACUUCUGCCGCAGCUGCCCCUCCAAGCUGCACAACUACCCCACGACCGUGAGCGGGCAGAACUCGGGCCGGCAGGCGUGCAUCCGGUGCGAGGCUUGCAAGAAAGCAGGGAAUCUGUACGACAUCAGCGAGGACAACUCCCUGCAGGAGCUGGACCAGCCGGCCGCCCCCGUGGCGGUGCCGUCCAACGCCCCCAGCACCAAGUACCCCCAGAGCCCGACCAACUCCAAGGCCCAGAAGAAGACCCGGAACAAGCUGCGCCGGCAGCACUCGUACGACACGUUCGUGGACCUGCAGAAGGAAGAAGCCGCCUUGGCCCCGCGCAGCGUGAGCCUGAAAGACAAGGGCCGCUUCCUGGACGGCAGUCCCUACGCCCACAUGUUUGAGAUGCCAGCCGGCGAGAGCACCUUUGCCAACAACAAGUCCUCAGUGCCCGCUGCCGGACACCACCACCACAACAACCCCGGCGGUGGCUACAUGCUCAGCAAGUCGCUCUACCCCGACCGGGUCACGCAGAACCCUUUCAUCCCCACUUUCGGGGACGACCAGUGCUUGCUCCACGGCAGCAAAUCCUACUUCUUCAGGCAGCCCACGGGGGCGGGGGCGCCGAAAGCCAGGCCAGACUUCCGCGCCCUUGUCACCAACAAGCCGGUGGUCUCGGCCCUUCACGGGGCUGUGCCAGGCCGUUUCCAGAAAGACAUCUGUAUAGGGAACCAGUCCAACCCCUGUGUGCCUAACAACAAAAACCCCAGGGCUUUCAACGGCUCCAGCAAUGGGCAUGUUUAUGAGAAACUUUCUAGUAUUGAGUCUGAUGUCUGAGUGAGGGAAGAGAGAGGGUUGAAGGUGGGUACGGGAGGGUGGGGCUGUGGGCGUGUGGUGCGCAUGUCACGGCGGGUGACGGGGGUAAACUUGGUUCCCAUUUGCUCCUUUCUUGUUUUCCUUUAUUUACGGAAUCCUGGAGUUCUGAUUCCUUCUGAGGGCAACCCUGGUGACCAGCACCGUCUCUCCUCCCUUUCCGGCUCUCUCCUCCUUCCCCACCUGUCAGUCGCUCCUGGUCGUGGGAAAGAGUGCGGUGGGCUCGCUCAGCACAGCACCGGGAAGGCAGAGUGGAGAGAAGAAGGGGCUGCGCGCAGGCUUCCUCCCAGCACGGAAGGACUGUUUGCCACCCGCGCGGAGCGAAGCGGGAGAAACAAAAGGAGGCCGCGUGAGCACAGGAUAGCUCUUCCCAAACGGAUCUUUAGGUGUAGGUGAGAAAGCAAAAGCGUCCCAAGGGGACCAUUUAGCCUACUGCCUGUGAAGGCAAAGAGGCUUUUGCUAAAUUCUUGCCACUUCGGUGACAUCUCUUUGGGGCCCGCGUGCCAUGCAGAGGGCAGGAGGCCAUGUGUGUUUAUAUAUAAGCCAAAAAAAAAAAAAAAAAAGUUUGUUUCAAUUCCUUGAGACCCAUUGGUGGUGAACUGGGACAGAAAGGUCACGGGUGGAUGACGGAGAGAACAUCAGAGCCGUGCUGUGUGGUGCAUUUGAGGCAAGAGAGGACAGACUGCAUGUGCACGAGUGUCCCUGUACACUUGUAUGUGCCUGUCGUCUACACAGCCACGCAGUCAGGGGCCUGUACCUGUAGACAAGGUGACCUUGACUCAUGACGCUGUUUCUUCCAACGCCCCCAAACAGUUGCUCGGUUUGGCUUAUAUACAAACAGAGAUGGUCGCGUGUUCCCCGAGUGUUGGCUGUCUCUCCCCUUCACCCUUCCUGAACAAGGAGGAUGGAAGUUCUUGACCGAGAAGAUGAUGCGGUCCAGACAAAAAGGCGAUGAACCAUCCUACAAGAGCAAGGUGCAAGAGUAACUGCUCUGUGGUUCAACCUGCUUUGACCGAGAAUCUUCCAGGAAGGCAACAGGGAAAUAGAAGCAGCCCUGAUUCUUUGGCCCACGCUCGAGAGCAAAAGAUCCUCUAAAGCUUUCCUGAGCUUUUUACACCUUCAGCUGGCCCAGGUUUGGGGAGGAGCUAGGUCAGGCUGGAAGAAUAGGGGAGCUGUGUGUGGUAGGGUAAGUGAGAGAGGGGGAUGUUUUCAAUGCUUUGAUCCCUUCUUACUUAACCUGGAGCGAGGAGAGCUUGUGCCACAGAACUGGUCACAGCUGAUAGGGAACAGACAGGCGGCUGAGGGGAAUGAGCUUGCUCCGUGAGUACAGCUCAGGAGACGUGGAGGGAAGGGGAGAGGUUUGGAAGUGGAGAGGGUGCGGGGGAAGGGACUCCCUCCCUACCCCCACUGGGUCUGGCUCCCUGAGAAUGUGACCUUGAACCCCAUGUGGACACUCUCAGUAGAAGCCCUUCCACCUUCCUGCUGCACCUUCUUUCCCUCCCAGGUGUACCAUUUCGAGAAUAAAAAUAUAUAUAUAAAUAUGUGUAUUUAUAUAUAUAUAUCUCUAUAGAGAAAACUCCAGGGAUGAGGGUACUGGCGGAUGCAAUGCCCCCUUCACUAAGUCGGACACUUGCGAAGGGAAAUGAAUAUCUGUCACUGCUGGUCCUGAAACUUGGGGAGGGGGUGUUCUGCGGGUCAGCUCCACUGUCCUGCCUCCCUCCCCUUACCCAGGGUGGCAGCCCAAGAGCCCCGGGUCUGUUUGGAAGCUUGACUGCAGGAUCUCCAUGUUGCACACAGGACACAUAAACCAGAAAGGUGCUCAACCUCCUCUGGAAGGAAGCUGCCAUGUCUCUUCAAGUCACCCCCUCCAGGGCUGCUCUUUGCCUUCCUGUUUGCCCUGACUCACUACCCUUCCUCAUUCCCCGCCCUUGACUGCUGUCCCCUGCCCUCCUCCUUGAUUUUUACCUCAGUAUCUUUCAUUUUAAAGCCAACUGAAGGCCUUGUAAAGCUAUGUUUCCUUUCUAAAACGAACCUGGGGGCAAGGGGCUGAACCUCUCACAGAUUUGGAGAGAGGAGCGUGGAGUGCUUUACCUUAGAUUCAAGGAAAAGACUUUGAGAGAGAGGACAGAGGGUGUGAGGCGUCUCCAGGAGGAAGAAGGAGAAGGGCCAUAUAAACAUUGCUUCGCCCUGACUCUGUCCGGGUCAGGGGCUCCUCCCCUCACUCUUCCUCUUACCUCACCCCUUUCAAAUAAAAAAACCAAACCAACUAAACCUAGCGAACAGCAAUCUAGAACAAAGGGGGCUCUGUCGGUCUCCACUGGUGACAGAAAUCAAGACGGUGUUUAUUUCAUAUGUAAAUAUUUUGUUUUCUAAUUAAUUUUGUAUAGAUACAGUGUUCUCUUGUGAGUAUUCAGGGUGGUGGGCUGGAGGGAGUGGGGUGGGAUGGGAACGAAGAAGGGGAAACGUGUUUUGCUAAGGGUUUUCAUUUUCCAUUGGGGGAAUUGUUUUGUAUGGCUUUUGCUUCAGGGUGUCUGGGGACAAGUGUAUGUGAAUGGAGGCCACUGUGGUGAAAAAGCCAGGGAAAAAUAAUUUGUUGUCCAUGCCUCCCUGCCUCACCAAUCUUCUUGGUCCAUGAGAAGUGUUCAUGCCUGUCCACCUGGGCUUGGCACUGCGUCCGGUUUGACUCUAAGCGAAACCCAGGUCCCGCUCCUAUCUUCUAGGUAGACCCCAGCUUACCACAUUCCAUGCAAAGCCAAGCUGGGGGCACCAUAUUUUCCAUGUCAGCACAGGGAAAAUGGAUAGGAAAGAUUCCCAAAAGGGCUUAAAUCAGAAUUGAGGUCAAAUUAACCCUCAGCCUUGAUGUGGCUGAGAGGUUUCAGGAAGCUCAGUCCUGAGAAAUCUCCCAAAUACCCCCUUGUGAUGUCAAACAACCAUCUCAAACCCGCUCUUUCUUCCUAGUCCCUGAGUACUGGCCCCCUCCCGACUCCCUCCCUCACUCCUUAGGGAUCAGCACUGCAAACACACCCAGAAAAUUCCCACUAAGUCUACUCUUGGAAGCAUGUGAUAUCUGAUUACAGGGAGGUCGCCCUGGAUAUAUGUCUUACACAUGUGCAUGCCUUUCUAGAAAGAUGACCAGAUCUGCUCAAAACUCAGUGGCCAGAUGAUUCUCUUGGAAAGGUUGCAGAAGUUGGUUUUAGAGGUAGAAGGGUGGGUACGUGAGGGACUGUGCCAGUAGUGACUGUAUUUUGCCCUGUCCUCAUUUCUGCACUCAGGAAGGUGCUAUUUGCCUCGAGCCAGGGACCCAUACCUGAUCUUGGAUCGACCAGACGAGCAGAGUUUCUUUCACUGGAUCAUUUGUUUUGUGAAGGGUGGCAGCCUCCCUCAAUCAACCAUGGGGUGAAAUGCCCAAAUCCAUUUACACAAGAUGUUACAUCCUAUUUUGUCCUAUCCUCCCAUCGUCAAAAGCUGUCAGCUGGAUAAUUUCAUUUUUCUCAACCUUUUCCUUGGCCCCCUUGGUCAUUUCUCUUCAGCUGGAUUUUUGAAUUGGGACCAAAUAAGGUACUUGUGGCCUGCUCAAGAAAACUUAUAGAAAGGACGGCCAAGUCUUGUCAAGUUGUAGAUGUUACUUCCUUCCAAAAUAACAAGCCAGUAAAAUGCUUGAGGAUGAAUUCAGCAGUAAGCCUCUUCUACUCCACAGAUUGGUCUGCACAAAGACCCGAUCAAUCCAAAACUCUGAGAUUCCACAGACACCCUUGAGAGCACCAGUUCCAAUUUUCUUUAGAAUCCAUGCUUUCUAUCUUUGGUGUCCUCUCUCAUUCCCUUCCACCAGGAAGUGGGUUGGUGGGUGUGAUCCUGUAUCCCUACAGUGGCAAUGCUGAAAUCUCAGCAUUUCCACCAACCUCAGAUGAUGUUCCCCUUGAAUUUGCCUGAGUCAAGAAUGUGCACACCCUUCAGAGUGAUGCAUGUGCAGUGGAUCUUGUGAUUUCUAAGUAUGUCGCUGUGUAUCUUCAGCCAGAACGUGGGAAACAUUCUCGAUGUCAAUUCCCCCGUACUGACCACAGCCAUGUUGUGAUUGGGGGGUGAAAAAUCCCAAAUGAUUUCAUUAAGUGUUGGUGGUGUCAGUAGUGCCAAAACGCAUGUGUAAUGUGAUAAAAUAGGAGUCUUCUAUACAAUUAAGUGACUAUCAUCUGCCCAGUCUUCUGUGGCCAUGGGGAGUUGCCCAAGGUGGAAUUCUGCACACGGGAGGUGAAGAAACUACUACCAAAACUGCAGCGUGCUGGUCACCUGCACAUCUCACUUAAGAACUAGGAUUUCUUUGUUUUUGCUUUUUGUUUGGCUUUUAGUUAGUCGGAGAUUUAGGGAUAGAAUAACCAGAUUGUUUGGGCAAUAGCCUUUGGAAAAAUGCUAUUCCAGAACUCACUUUAUUCUUUUAAUCCCCAUCUUUGUACGAAAGCCUUGUUGUUGCUUGUGUCUGUCUGGUAUGUUAGGAAGUGUUCACGUGUGUGCGUAUGUGAUGCAGCUGCAGUGCUAUCGAUGAAUGCAUUGGGCAUUUCCAGCUCUUGUGGCCAUAACUCCUAUGCUUUCUGAGCCCAAAGCCAUAUAAGAAAUGUGUGCUCAGUAGACUGCCAGACACUUUGGUAGGGCAUUUACAUUCUUCACCUGAGUGUCAUAGACUCUUCUUUCUGUCUAAGGAACUGAUCAUGGAUGAUGAGCAGCUAAAGGUGGACAGUUACACUGGAAUGGGUCUGGCCUUACAAAUGGUGUAUGAUCCAUGGUGUGACUUCAGAGGUCCUAAGAGGACCUUUUCCUUUUCAUUUCCUGCCUCACUUCAAUUACUGGCUUCCUACAUGCAUUUUUUCCUCUAGCACUGAGCUGCUCAUCUGUCAUCUAGAUGAAAAUAAUCCCAGGAAAGGUGACAUAUUAAGCCAUAUUAAGGAUUUAUACAUUUAAACACCUAGUUUACAUUAAGAUUCUUAUUUCUUUUCCUGGGAAGAAUAAUACAGGAGAAGACAGUCAUGAUACGGAAGAGGGAGAGAGCAAAGAACACUGAGUGUAACAGAGAAGGGAGUGAAAAAUGCAGGCCCCAGAGUAUAAAGACAUUUAGACCAUCUCACCCUCUACAUGCUUUUAUUUAAGGCUCAUAGGAUGCAGGGAUAGGGCUUCUAGGUAGGAAUUAUUUUUAACAAGCAGUCACAUGAGUGUGUAGUUUGUGAGUUUCUAAAUUCAAUGCCUUAGAGGACAGGUAAAGAAUUAGGACUCUUUCUUUCUGUAGGAAAUAGAAAACUGGAACUUCUUCUCCCUUAUAGGUAACUGAGUAGGCAGCUGGAAAGAUCAAACUGAAUCAAUGUUAUGAUAAUAAAAAGGUACUGUACUUCUCUGUUCUCUAUCCCAGUUCACUUAAUCUUCCAAUUUAGGCAUUGUUCUAUGUUCUGUGUGUUCCCACCUCUGGAGGGGGUGCCCAGUGAUCUCCACAUACACUAACUGUUAAGGAGCUCCCAUACUAGCAGGUGCUACUUAACCAGUGGGCAGUUCUUUCUUACACCUACCAGAUAUUUGGGACACGACUAAGAUGUAGAUUCAGCAGUCUGAAAACUUCUAAUGCUGACCUAGAUCUAGGAUUCCAGUCUAGUUUGAGGGUUCCAACAUUACAUAAAAUCAUGGGCUCUCUGAACACAUCCCACCUCCAUCCCAUUCCAACCACCUUGACUCAGCUGUGCGGGAGCCCUGUGGAUUCUAUCACUUUAAGUAUCUAGGGCUAUCUAUUCUCAAUACAAAGAACUCUUACCCCAUAAAAAAAAAAAAAAAAACAAAAC